AACACCCAUAUAUAUCUAUAAUCUAUAGUCUUCUAUACCCAAUUACCAUAAAAGCUUCCAAACUAUUUCUAUCACCACCAAGAAAAAAAAAAACAUGAAACACAACCAAAAGAAUUUGAUGAUCAAAAUUAUCACAACACCAUAUAGAGCAAUAUGCAAAGCCAAAGAUUUCUACAUUCGUAGCAUAACCGAAUGCACUACCCCGUCCAUCUCCCGUGGACCGGUUAGGACAUUCGGUAACCCGAUAUCAAGAAGCUCAAGCACGAGCUCAUUCGGGUCAAGUGCUGCCUCAGAAGAUCUCCGCGAGCUCAUUAGAGCAAAUUCUACGGCUCGUAUGGGAGAUCUUAAUAUUAAUAGGGCUGAUUUAGAAAUGUAUAUAAAACAACAUAUAAUUAUGAAGCAGUCUGCUGCUUCAUCCGCGAUCCCAAUAGGAUCACGGAAAGUGCCUAGAAGUGUUAGUGUUGGAAUGGGAAGAAUUGAUGAAGAAAUGCCGGUUUCAAGUUUUCCUGAAAUUGAGGAGUUGAGUAGUACUAGGAAGGCUAAAAGUGAUUUGAUGUUUCCUAGGAGCAAAUCUCAUGCUGUCACAAGUAGUUCCAAGAUUAAUAGAUAUUCAUAGUUUUGAUUUGUUUUUUUGUUAAUUUGUUUUAUAUCUUUAAUCAUUUAUGUAUAACAUUCUCUUUUCUCUUU